CGCUGUGGGGCAUGCAGAGGAGAAUGAAGCGGGGAAUACAUGGGCUGUUUUCUCUUUGUUUUGGUUUGUGUUUGCGGCGUGGGGUUGUGCGUCAACAGCCCGCGCCAAAAGGACAGCAAGCAUGCAUGCCAGCCAGAAAAGAAGCGAAGAAGGCCGCGCAAGCGCGUUAGCUUCAACUUGCAAUGGCAACAACAACGACAACAGCCGCGACAACAAUGCCUGUGCCGCCUUCACAACUUUAGCUGUGGGAGAAUUCGUGAUGCAGAGCACUUGCGUCGUCGCAUUUCUCCUUGCACCAAUAUCACCACCUGCAACAACACCAGCAACAACACCUGCCUCAGCCAAGCGCCGAUGUCUCUGGUAUUGCAGCCACGCCCUACACCGAGGGUGCGGCGUGGAUGCGUUGCACUCCUGGUUCUGGCAGUGAGCCUUGGGGUUCUCGCCGUUUCCCAUCCACUUCAAGCUAAAGCCCUGAGUGCUUCAGCAGAUUCCUCCUCCCUCCCUCGCCUGCGUCAGCGCCGUGAUGUCCCGUCUGCUCCCCCGAGGAACCCGACGACCACGCCCACACCUGGUGGCGCGUUUGCCGUUUCGUGGGAGGCGCCCGACCCCGGCACGACCAACGGCGCCAUCACCGGGUAUGUGAUCCGCAUCCGCCCCACCGCUCCACAGCCCCCGACGUGGGCCUACGGCAAUGCCAGCCUCGACGCCACGGACGUGGAGGUGUCAUCGAGCACCUUCUCCUACACCCUGGCCGACGAGCUCUCGUUCCCGUUCUCUGGCUACGAUGUCGGCGUCGCCGUCAAGAAUGCCGAGGGCUUUGGCCCCUUUGCCAUGCUCUCCGUCGACCCGCCAAACAGCAUUCCGUCCGGCCAGCCGCGCUCCGUGUCCACGUCCCUCCCACCUGUGGACCCGAUGACCUACCCGCCAGACGCGGACGAGGUCAUCGUGCAGUGGACCGUGCCUGCAGGCAUCUGGUUCCGCAACGCGCCCGCCAUCGGCUUUGACCUCGUGGCCACGCCCGUGCCGGGCAGCACCACGGACGAAGUGGUGACCGUCCGCUUCCCCAAGCAGUGGCAGGACGGCGACUCGCCCGACGAGCAGCUCACGGCGUCCAUCACGGGCCUCACCCCGAACACAGAGUACGUCGUGCUCGUGUACACGAUUGGGCUGGACGGUGACCGCAGCACCGCUUCCUUCAUGACCACGGAGAAGACGCGUCCGCACCUGCCCACGGUUGCACCUGCGGGCCUCAGCGUAGACGACACCUCUGCCACGACCUUCAACCUCUCCUGGGACGCCAUGAGUGCCAGCACACCGGGCAGCAAUGGCGACAUCGUUGGCUAUCGCAUCUACCACGUGCCCACCGCCGACCGCGGCUGCACCAACAUGGCCUGCGCCCCACCCACACCCUGCCAGGAGGACCCGCGCUGCGAGUUUGGCGUGUGCACGUACACCAACAAGCCCAACUUCACAUCCUGUGAUGAUGGCAACGCCCACACCGUCAGCGACCACUGUGAGGCCGGCGCAUGCAUCGGCACCCUCGUCAACCAGCACAUCGAUCAGCAGCCCGUGCACCGCCACAUUUACAUGAACACGCGCAGCCAUGGCGGAGGAUAUAUGCCUCGACUCGGCGAGUUCUGGUACCCUUCUUGGAGUGGCUCCAGCGUCUACAGAUAUGCAGAGGAUGGCACGUACAAGACCAACUUUGGCACCAGCUCAAGUCAGAUCAUGCAGCUGUGGGGCGAGCCUGACUCGCUGUACUACUACACCGCCAACUGGGGGUACAAUUACUGCCGCAAGAUUGGGCCCUUCCCCAGCACCAGCGUGAGGUGGACGUACACCCCGUCCCCUGCCACCACCGUCGGAGGCAUCGCAACAGACAGCAACUACGCAUACUGCAUUCAGAACGGGCGAUCCACUGUGCACGUGCUCAACAAGGAGACCGGCUCGCUCGUCCGCACGUUUGACCUGACUGGCGGCAGCAUCGGCAGCCUCAACGGUGGCUUUGCAGUUGUCAACGACAAGAUCUACUACGGCACUGGCCAGUACUUCUACCGCCACAACCUGGAGGAUGGCACCUUUGAUGGCUUCAGGUUCCAAACCAUUCAGACCAUCAGCAACAUGGCAUUCACGGGUCAGGACUUGUGCAUCAGCCCCAACAGCGAUAACGUGUAUUGCUAUCAGGUCAUCUCACACAACAUCUGGAAGCCCGACGAUGGCGCACAUCUGCUGGACACCGUCAACGCAUACACUUCACUGUCCAUGAACACACGCUCCUACGCCGGCGGCUUUGCGCCCAUGCACCGAGAAUACUGGUACCCCUACUGGUCAGGUUCAACCAUCUACCGGUACACGUGGAAGGGCUACUACAUUGGCGCGUUCAAUGCCGUGAAUGGUGUUGGGAGCAUCCGCCAGCUGUGGGGAUCCCCCGACUCGCCCCACUACUACCUGGCUGCCAGCAACUACAUCUACAAGGCCACGUGGCCGCAGAACCAGCUCGUGUGGUCCUACAACCUUGGCACGACUGCUGGCGGUGUCACCACGCACGGCGACAGCGUGUAUGCUAUGCGAGCAACGACCAACCUCGUGUAUGUGCUGCGCGCGACGGAUGGCGAGCUGCAGCGCACGUUCAACCUGGACUCGUCGAGCGGCGAUAACUUCUCCAACAUGUUCGGUGGCUUGGUUGCUGUCAAGGGCAGGCUGUUCCGUGGCGGCAGAGACAACGCCAGGUUCUACAGGUCAGUCGGCGGUAGCGGUGGCCACGACCUUCGUUUCUACUCCAACUGUGAGCGCGUUAGCACAAACCCCAACAGCUAUCGAAUCGACACCGGAGGUUACUCCAACUCCUGGGCAACCGGCUCCAGCAGCAUCUACGUCGAUGAGAUGGAGGUGUUCUACCUGACCGAGGACGCGUAUGACCCGUGCGAUGGUAUUGUGUGCCCAACGAACCCGUGCACCCCCACCAACGUGUGCCAGCUUGGUGUGUGCGUGUCCACCACCAUCCCUGACGGCACCCCCUGCGACGAUGGCGACGCCACGACGGCGUUUGACGCAUGUGUCGCUGGCCAGUGCGUGGGUGCUGCGCGGUACUCCAACACGUCCUCCUACACCCUCGACGACCUCCACCCCGGACGCACAUACGCCGUGCAGGUGCAGGCGUACACCAGCAUUGGCGGCGGUCCGCUCAGCGAUGCCGUUCACGGCACCACACUCGAGGCGCCACCAUCGUCUGGCCCUGUGGACGUCGCCGGCACAGCACUGUCUGAUUCGAAGAUUAAGCUCACAUGGAACGCACCAGCCAACCCGACACACAACGGCCGCCUUCUUGGCUACGAGGUGUACAUUGCCUCUGCUGGCGGCCCGGCCGCGUUCGUGACGAGUCUCAACUACUACACCUUCACGGUCACGGGCCUGCUGCCUUACACGGAGUACACCUUCUACCUGACCACGUUCAACGGUGCUGGUGCGUCACCGCCAUCCGAGAGCAUCACUGUGCGAACACAGGAGGCACCGCCCGGCCCACCAUCCAACGUGCAGGCUGACGAGGAGCUCUCUGACAACGGCGAGGUGAUCACCGUCAGCUGGCAGCCGCCGUACGAACCAAACGGCAUCGUCAUCAAGUACACCAUCUACUACCAGAAGCUCGGUGGCACGUGGCAGUCCGUGACCACGUCCAGUGGCAGUGUGCGGUCCGUUGAGAUUGAUGGCCUGGACCCCAUCUCCACCUAUGUGGUGCAGGUGUCUGCGUGGACAGCAGCUGGCGAGGGCGAGCGCAGCAACACCAUCGCGCCCACCACCGGUCAAGGCAUUCCCCGCACGCCGCCCGACAACGUCGACGCCAACGCUCUCAGCAAGACGGCCAUCAAGGUGACGUAUGACCUGCCGCCGUCGGAUGAGGGCGAAGUCGUCGAGUACAGCAUCUACUACACACCAGAGCCACUUCCUUCCUCAUGUGAGGAAAUCAGCUGUCACGCUCGCGACACCUGCCACGAUGUUGGCGAAUGCAUCCACGAUCCAUUCUAUGGUCCAAUGUGCACCGCUCCGGCCAAGCGCGAUGGCACCGAGUGCGACGACGGCGACGACAGCACUGGCUUUGACACGUGCGUGAUGGGGCAGUGUCGCAGCGUGCCGCGGCCCCAGCCCGUGUCUCCAGUCACGUCGACGUUCAGCGGCACGUGGUCGACACGCAGUUACGGCAUGGCAUACAACCCGCGCCGCAACGAGUGGUGGUUCCCCGAGUACACAUCUUCGUCCACAGGCACGGUCGUUUACCGGUACUCUGCCGACGAUCUGACGACGCUCGUUGGCCGCUUCCGCAUCCAACAGCGCCGAUACCUGAUGCAAAUAUGGGUGCACGUGGAUGAAACGUACCUGCUCAACACCUACACGGACAACUACGUCUACCGCUACGGCCCCUUCCCUCUCGUGACGCAACUCUGGGCGUACAACUUUGGCACGACCGUUGGCGGUGUGUCGCUGCACGAUGGUGUCGUGUAUGCCAUGCAGAGCGGCAGCUACAACAUCCGCGUCCUCGACUGGGAGACGGGCCAACUCCAGCGCUCUUUCUCGCUGAGCGGCUCGCCUCAAGGGUUCUCCAACAUCUACGGCACAUUUGCAGUCGUGAGCAACAAGAUCUUCGUCGGCGACUACAACGACAACGACAUGUACCGAUUUGAUCUUCAAACGUAUCAGUACGACAACGUGCAUUGGACGGCCUCGUACCAGACACAAAAGCUUGGCUUUGACGGCCAGCAUCUCUGCAUCGCUUCAGGGGAUCCUGUCGAAUGCUGGAGAAUUGUGGACGAGAAUGUGUACGGCGACCGCACCGUCAUCUCUGCCAAUGCGCCGGCACAGGCCAUCAUGGGCUCUGAGAUCCUGACAAAGGACAUGAACCUGGCCAUCUCCAAAGAGGUGUCGCCCAACAGCGAUUCGAGCUUCAAGCUCUGCUUCCGCGCAUCAGACCACGGCUUCUCCGGCUCCACCUUCCACGCGCGCUGCGACAACAAGGGCCAGACGGUUGUCGUUGUCCGUUCGACAGAGGGCAGCCCGCAGGGACCGCGCGUAUUUGGCGCCUUUGCUCCCAACAGCUGGCGGUCCGACACGUCCACGUAUCUCCGUGCCGAUGAUGCCUUCCUCUUCCGUUUUGUCAACAACGGCCAAUUCGAGCGCACAGAUCUCCUCAACUAUCCGGAGUACGCCCAGUACACGCGCCCAGGCUACUGCCCUGAGUUCGGCAACUCUGAUUUCCGCAUGUCAACGGACUGCCGGUCCGGAUACACCAGCACGAAUGCUUACACUGUGCACCAGAGCAGCAGCACGUACAACAACGAGUGGUUGACUGGCUCCUACAACAGCUGGCAAGUGGAUGACGUCGAGGUCUUCUACCGCGUCGACGAGUCCGCAGAUCCAUGCUUCGACGUGACAUGUGAUCCACCAAUGGGUCAGUGCAAACUGCCCGGUCGCUGCGUCAGCGGCGAGUGCGUCUAUGAUGUCGCCCCGAAUGGCACCCCAUGCAACGACGGCGACGAUGCGACGGUGUUUGACACGUGCCAGGACACCGUCUGCGUUGGCCGCCAUCCCGUCAUCACGGAGGACAACCAGCACACGUUCACUGGCCUCAACCCGUACACCACCUACGCCUUCCGUGUGGCUGCCCGCACCGUCCGCGGUCAGGGCCCGGCCUCUGACGCCGUCCGCGCCCGCACUCUCUCCGGCACCCCAACAGGUCCACCCCAGGAUGUGGUGGCGCGAGCGGCAGCAACGACCGUGUUGCACAUCACGUGGAAGCAGCCGCUGUUUGGCGAGCGCCACGGCACCAUCUCAUCGUACAAGCUGUGGGUGCAGCGCCUGAACAGCAUGCGCCAGCCAGCGGGCACACCCUGGACCAUCGUCACGGGCAACGACCUCACCAACUACAACCUCACAGACCUCGACGCAUACACAUACUACCAGGUCAAGGUGGCUGCCUCCACCAUUGAUGGCCUGGGUCCGUACAGCGAUGCGUCGAUUGCUCGAACAGCAGAGGGAACACCACCCGUUGCACCAACGAACGUGCAGGUGGACAGCACAACAACCGAGACUGUCACGCUCAGCUGGGACCCAAUCAGCCCACUCGAGGCUGAUGGCAUCCUCAUUGGCUACACCAUCUCUGUGCGUCAGGGACCAAGGAGCGACUGCACACGCCACCCCGCCAGCAUCGACGUUGUCUACAUCGACACACCACGUGUUGAGACCUACACCGUGCUUGAGUUGGAGGACACUGCUGUGUAUCCGUACGAAUUCCAGGUUGCAGCCCGCACUGCUGCUGGCGAGGGCGUGUACUCUGCAUCAGCGCUGCACAUGACGAGCGGCGGGUCGCAGGUGUGCUCCGGCCCGUCCACGUGGACAUCAGAUGUCACCAGCACAUCCGCCAACGUGUGGGUGAAGCCACCGCCAACGGUUGAGCUGAACGGCAACACCAUCGCCACCAUCAACGUGACCGUCACGGCCAUCGAGGACUCCAAUCGCCGCCCCAUCACGGGCGCAACACCGGCAUGGCUCGUGUUCUCUGCUGCUGAUGGCUUCAACGCCAGCCAGGCGCUGUCUGGGCUCGACCCGUACACGGUGUACAGCGUGGAGGCCGUGGUCAUCACCACGACUGGCGUGUCUUCGCCCACGUCUGCUCCCUACACGUUCCGCACCGCCGAAGCGACGCCAGGUGCUGUGGGCUCCCUCAUUGCACAAGAGGUUGGCGACGUGGUGAAGGUGUUGUGGACGCCGCCAUCGCCGGCAAACGGAGCGCUUCAGUAUCGCAUCACAUUCACGCCCGCCGUUGACGGCACGAGCGAAUUCACCACGUCCUACGCCAACUUCAGCCUCGACGUCCUCUCGGGCACGACGUACACCGUCAGGGUUGUUGCGCUGACGGGCGCAGGUGAUGGCCCAGCACGCCAGACGACGGUAGAGACUGUCCCGGCCAACGUGGCUGCACCUGUCAUAACGCUUCAAUCCGCAGCAGAGACAGAGCUGCGGCUCAAGGCCACUUGGACCAGCCCACUCACUGCCUUCCACCUCCAAUACAAAGCAGAGGGGGAUGAUGAUUUCAGCGAUGUCAUGGACUACGCCGUGUCUACCAAUGCACGUCAACACACCUUCACCCUCUCUGGCCUGGAGCACUCCACAUCCUACACCGUCCGCGUUCAGGCCGACACCGACGAUGGUCUCGGCCUCACCGCCCAAUACGAGCACGCCACCGCCGUUGUUCCUCCAAGCGCCCCGCAGACAGUCGUGGUGCCCACUGUACUCACCAACGCCCGUUCACAUACACGUGCAUACACACACUCUCUCUAA